AUGUGUUCGGUCUACGGUUUCGCCGCGGCCAUUGCCGCGGCCACAGAUGGCUAUCAGGUUGGACUCAAUGCCGGCAUCCUCGCAAAUGCAGGAUUCUUUGGCACCGAAACUGAGGCCGCUGGAAAGCUUUACUUGGCCUCGCCUAUCCUGGGCGGCUGGAGCGGCAUUUUGCCAGUGGGCCAGGUCACGGCUAACUUCGCACUUCCAUUCCUGACUGCACGAUACGGGCGAAAGGCGGCCUUAUAUACUUGCUGGACCUUCUUAAUGACCAGCAUUAUCGCCGAGAGUUUGGCUCGGAGGUGGGAACACUGGUUGGUCGCCAAACUUCUCGCCGGUUUAGGUCUCGGCUGCUUGCAAGGCACUCUUCCGGCAUAUAUCUCUGAGAUCGCUCCUACCCGCAUUCGCGGCCUACUACUAAUGUCCUAUAAUAUGUGGUGGACUGUCGGCACAUUCUUCGCUUACGUGGCAAUGUACGUCAUCCAGAAUCAAAAUUCCGGCGACUGGCUCACUCCGGUUCUUACGCAAUGGGCUCAAAUUGGCAUCAUGCUCAUCAUUUUCGUGGCCUUGCCUGAAUCCCCCGUCUGGGCCGUGUCCCGUGGACAGCAUGCUCGCGCUAAGAAAUCACUCGGUCGGCUCUACCAGGGCGUAAAGGAUUAUAACUUUGAGCAACAAAUAGAAGUCUUGAGUCUGUUUGUCGAACAUGAGAAAGCGGUCGCCGUGGCUCGAAACAGAGAGAAGUGGCAUGCAAUCUUCCGUGGCGCUGAUGGAUUCCGUACUCUCGUUGCGCUCUGGACUAUUGUCUCCCAGCAGUUUACCGGUCUCGUCCUAUUCUCGACCUUCGGAGCUUACUUUUUCCAGCAAGCGGGAAUCAAGUGCAUAACCCUUGGAAUCAAAAUUGCUGCCGCUAUUAGUGUCGUCCUUAUCGCCGACCGCUUCGGAAGAAGGCUUAUUGCUUGCUGGGGUACCACAAUUAUGUGGCUUGCUAGCAUUGCUGUUGGCAUCUUAGGACUUGUCCCGAGAACGAUGGCGGGCUACAUUGGUGAAAUCUCGUCUCAGCGUCUGCGACACUAUACCGCGAGCUUCGGUGCCGGCCUGAGCUGUAUCAUCGGCGUCGGUAUGAAUCAGCUUGUUCCUUCCUCGGUGAAUGCUAAUGCAUGGAACUGGGGCCUUAAAUCGGGCUGGUUCUACGGCGGUGUUGGCCUUCCGUUCGUCAUUGGAAUGUGGUUGUUGAUUCCUGAGACAGCAGGUCGCUCUCCUGCAGAGCUUGAUGAGCUCUUCGAGCGAAAAAUCAGGCCGUGGCGGUUUCAUAAGACAGAAACGGCAACUCAGCGUGUCGUCGCUGUUGACUCGUCAGCGACUAUGCAACCUGCGGGUAAAUAG